AUGGAUACGCCGGCGGGCGCGGCAUCGAACGAGAACAAGUUCGUUGCGGCGGUGAUGCUGGUUGAACUCGACGGAGAGGCGACCGACGUCAAAGACUCUGGGAACAACGACAUUCCUGUUUACAAGCACACGGACGGCAGCGUGCCGCGCCUGCAGGUAGACGAGGAAGACGAGAUAGAAAUUGAAUUCUACAACCUGCGCGGGGACGUCGAGGUCGAGAACGAGGCGCCGGAGAUCAGCAACUUUGCUCCGGAGCACGAGUCCGCAUUCGACGAUUCCGACGUGGAAUACACCUUCACGGUAACGGACACCCAUUCGGGUUUGCCCGAGCCUGAGGACCUGCCGGACGCGGACGGCGAUGACGCCUACAUGCCUGCUGUUGCUCUUAUCAGCAAGGGACAGACGGUGAGUACGAUGCCAGUGGCGCCGGGCUAUGGCUUCGCCCCGAUUCGGGACGACAAGGACUUUGACGAGAUAGACGACGGCUUCGAUGUGGAGACCACGAUCGUGCUGCGCGAGAACAGGAUAUUCUAUGUAACGUUCAUCGCGUGCGACAACGCCGGUAACUGCUCAUUCUUCGACCCGGACGGGAACGAUGACGCUGAGGAGCUGGCAGAGAUCACGGUUGACACAGAGGACCCGGUAUUCGUUGAGGCUCGCACGGGCCUGACGUGGGACUCCACGGACAACGAGUACGACGACAACAGGUCGUUCAUACAGGUAAUCUUCAACGAUCUGACGAAGCUGAACACGGAGACGGUGGAAAUUGACGACUUCGUGGUCGAGGGUCACUCCAUCAAGGACGUCCAUGUAUUCGAGAACCCUGACAGCGACGAUGUGGACUGGGGCGACAGCGGACGCUACGGCGCCACAGGCCACCCGAACAAGCGCGGAGUCGACAGGUACAGGGACAUAGAGAACGUGGUGUUCAUCGAACUUGAAGACGAUCUGCUAGCGGACGAGACGCCAGACGUGACGAUAGUCCCGAACGGUGUUGAGGACAAGGCGGGCAACGAGCAGGACGACGGCGACCAUGAGGCAGAUGACUGGAUUUCGCCGAAGUUCACGAUAGUCUCGAUAGUGUCCACACGGGAGACCACCCAGGAAGAGGUGCUUGCUGGUGAUGACGACGAAGUUACGGUAGUAGUUACCACUGACGAGCGUCUGGACAGCACUCGCCCGACCGUUACGGUCACCUAUGUGAAUGCGCCUGCGGGCAGCGUUGACACCAAGGGAAUCGCGACCGGUGCCGCGACCGGUGGCAAUCUUAACAACAGCGUAGAGAAGGUAACUAACACCGAGUGGAUCGUUACAAUAACUGAGCCAAAGGCAACGGGUUACUACAACUUCCGUAUUAGUGGCAAUGACCGCUCGCCGCAGGAGAACCCUGGCAGUGAGGGUGUGAGCCCUAGUGCGAUAGUGACAGAUUUCUUCGAUGCUGAUGGCGAUGUGAAUGUUGACGAUGCGAUAUUCUUCGAGGGUGACAUCAAUCUACCCAAGCCUCAGGUGCGGGUGAGCGGUGUUAGCGUCCAGGACAAUGAAGCGGAUGUAGAAUUCAGGUCUCCGCUCUUCGUGGAGCUUGACUUCGCCGCGAAUCACGCGACCUGCGGCGCGAACGCGGAUACCGACGAGCGUAUGGCGAACUGCACGAAUGAGAACAGCGAAUACGCCGAGGACAACUUCGACGACAUAGUAGUUACUAGCUUCGUGCUGGACGGCGUCGAUCUAACUGACAGCGUUAAGACAACGGACAACCAGUCGUUCCUGGUGUCGCUCGAGAGCAUUAGCAUCGGCGACCACACGGCUGAGGUGCAGGCAGUUGACCAGGCUGGGAACGUCUUCGAGGACACUCUUGAAAUUGACUUCGAGGUCAAUGACAGAGAUCCGUUCGAGAAGCGCCUUAGCCCGGGCUGGAACCUGGUUAGCCUACCUGGCGAGCCGGCAGACAGCAGCAUAGCGGCGGUCUUCGGACCUGGUGUUGAAGUACGGACUGUUUACAGCUACGAUCCGGUUAUACCGGGUGGUUGGAUGGUUGCAGUACGUGAGACGCUUGACAGCGACUGGCAGGGCGACCUGACGGAAAUCACUGGGCAGCGCGGUUACUGGGUACUGAGCGAUGCGAUUCAGGAUUGGGAAGUUAGUAUCCCGAGACUGGCUGGCGGAGCUUCUGGCACCGGAACGCCGAUACAGCCGCCUGUGAUCCCGAUGUACGCCGGCUGGAACCUGAUUCCGGUAACGGAUGUGAGCGGCAACGCACUUAGCGCUGGUAUCGAGAUAAGCGCGAAGUGUACCUGA